AUGGGAGAAACACGUGACAGGGAGGGUGGGGAAUCGGAGGCGCAAGAGUCGGAGCAGGCGAGUAGCGAGGAGGGGGAGUCUGAUGAGUGCGAGGAGGGCGUGAAUGACAAGGCAGCGACGCGACGGCGGAGAUUAGCCGCGGGUACCGCGUCCCGGAGGAGCGGGGCCGUGAAGAGAUUGAAGGCGGAGGCAGGAAGGGGAAGCGGGAGAAAGGCAUCGAAAGAGGAGUUGGAGAUUAAGUACGGGUUCAGCGACGAGGAGGUCGUCGCGGCGCGAUCCGCAUUGAUGGAAUGGUACGAUGUGAAUAAGCGUGACCUGCCGUGGCGAGCGGCCGCAGGGAACGAGAGGGCGCAGCAGAUGGAAGAGGGGCGCAACGAUAUCAAGGAGGCGCGGGAGGCAGGGGGGGAGGAGCGCGGGGAGCAGGAGGCGCAGGAGGCGGGGGAGGUGCGGGAGGAGCGGGAGGAGCGGAGGGCGUACGGCGUGUGGGUGAGCGAGGUGAUGCUGCAGCAGACGCGCGUGGGCGUGGUGGAGCCCUACUUCCGCCGCUGGCUGGCGCGCUGGCCCUCCCUGCCCUCCCUCGCCGCUACCUCCCUCGAGGAGGUGAACAGCAUGUGGGCGGGAUUGGGCUACUACCGCCGCGCCAAGUACCUGCUGCAGGUGCACCCACGUGCGGCCUUGCUUUGUGGAUUCUUGGAUCAACGACACUACCAGGAUUAUGCGUGCAUUCCCAGCCAUAGCUGCCAGGGAGCGCAGCACAUGGAGCAGCAGCACGGGGGGCGCAUGCCACGCACGGCCAGGGAGCUGCAGGCAGUGCCGGGCAUCGGCCCCUACACCGCCGCUGCCGUCGCCUCCAUCGCCUUCCGCCAGCCAGUGGCAGCGGUGGAUGGCAAUGUGAUGCGCAUCAUGGCGCGCCUGAGAGCCGUGCCGCUGCCCAUGCAUGAGAGCGCCGCCACCUCCCUCUUCUCCCACCUCGCCUCGCAACUGCUGCACUCCGCACGCCCUGGGGACUUCAACCAGGCGCUGAUGGACCUGGGCUCCCUCGUGUGCUCGCCCUCCUCCCCCUCCUGCUCCUCCUGCCCCCUCUCUCCCCACUGCCGCGCCCUCGCACUGCAGCAGCAGGGGGCAUGCAGGGGGGAGGGGAGUGAGGGACGAGAGGGCGAGGGGUUAGUGAGAGUGACGGACUUCCCUGUGCGCAAGGCCAAGGCAGCUCCCAGGGAGGAGUGGGUGGCCGUGUGUGUGGUGGAGAGGAGAGGUGCGGGGGCGCCAGCACUGGCAGCAUCGCAAGCAUUAAAGGCAUCAGCAGGUGUCUCGGCCAGGAAAGGCAGGCGCGCACAUGGCAGCACCAGCAGCAAACAAUCCAGCAGCGAGGAACCUUCUCAGUACCUUCUGGUGCAGCGCCCGCCUACAGGACUGCUGGCAGGGCUGUGGGAGUUUCCCUCUCUGGUGAUGACCUCGGGCACAGGCAGGCCAGCAGAGGCGCAAAGGAGGCAGGCUGUGAAGCAGCUGCUGGGACAGAUGCUUCCCUGUGUGACUAUAGAGGGGUCAGGACAGCUCAGCUCGGAUGGGAGAAUGCUGCAGGCGGGGGAGAAUGAGGUGGCAGGAAGCAACACACCAAGGAGCAGUGUCACUGGCUCCUGCCCAGCCGAGUCCUCUCCUUCCCACUUGCAACGGCUGUCCGCGCCGAUUACCAGUCAUUCGCCGUUAUUCGCGCACUCCGCCAUGGCGCCCAGUUUCGGCCGUCCCUGGUUCGCCAUUUUCAACACGAAUCCCGUGCAGGCCAAAGAAGAGAAGGCCCCGAUGCCGCCGUCGAUCGAUUUUCAGCCGUCGAUUCGCGUUAGCCAGUUCGGCGGGAAGAGCCAGCGGCAGCUCGCAGGGGUCUCCAGCAGCCCGCUCGUGCAGGACCACGUCGCCGCCGUCGCAAUGCGCGCCCGCCUCGAAAUGCGCAAGGGACUGCCGCAGAGCACCGUGCGCCUCCUCGAUCCUCCGACGAUGUCGCUGUCAAGCUCCGCCCCCCGAACCAGUCUUCCGCCGGCGGCUUCCGCCACACUAACCCCCCCGCUCAGCGCCAACACUGAAGCCGUUUCCGGAAAUUCAAGCGCUACCAGUCAAAAUACUUCCGCCAUUUCACCGGAACCUGUUGGGAUGAGAAAAAAUCCUUCCGCCAACCCUCCGCCGCUAACAAUCCCCCCGCUCGCGCCGAGCCUCUCCGCGCCCAUCACCCCCCACGGCACGACCGCCAUGCAGCCGCCCCACACGCCUGGAUCGACGGUGGCAGCUCGGGCAACCGCAAUCGCGCCAAUGACGGCGGAAUCAGAUCUGGUGGCGGCGCCGCUCAAGGUGGCGGCGCAGUGGAGCCGAGAGGAGUGGCUGCUCGUGGUCCGCGCCGUGGAGGGCGGCGCGACAAGGUGCUUGAAAUGCCCGAAGCAGUCCGAUUCCAUGGCCGCCGCAACACACGGCGCCAUCCAUCUCAUCCAAAGCCUUAAAACGACAACUGCCGCUUCGACGCCAGGUGUGAACCCGGCCUCGAAUCCAGGCUCGGCGAAAGGCUCGGGAUCCGGUCCGGAGCAGUUUUCAUGCCCUGCCGCUCCCGCGGCAGUCGUCCCGAGAGUGGAGAUUCCCUCCUCGCCGUCGCGGCGUAAUCUGUUCUACACCACAUCAUCAGGGUCAUCUGAUGACACCACAUUCGUCGAUGAUUCCGCCACGCUGGCGAGUCGAACCUCCACCGGCUCCGCGUCGAAUUCCGAUGACGACAACACCGUCAACGUCGCGACGCGAUACGGCAGCUACAGCAGUUUCAACAACAGCAGCAACAAGGGCGCUACGACCGCUCAGGCGCCGUCCACGUUCAUGCUUCCGAGCCCCUCCGGUUGCCCCCGCACGCCCUUCUCGCAUCUCAUGCCCCCGCCGCCCGCGAACCAGCUAGCCGUCUCUUCCCGCGGCUUGCCGGCCGGCAGCAUGAUCUUGCCCAGCCGAACCGACGCGUCGGAGGAGCUCCCAGCGUGUCCGUUCCUCGGCCACUCCGCGCGCUACAGCAGCUACGAGACAAAAGACGCCGGCCGCGCGGCCGAGCCUCCCUCACCGGCAGUCCCGCGGACGAUGCCGUUCAGCGCCAUGACGACGCGCCGCAGCGCCGACGCGUCUCUCCCAGUGCGAUCCGCGACGGCGGGAUCGGUAAGCGCAGCCGGCGCGCGCGGAACGAUGAGCGGAGCGAGCAUGGGGAUGAGCGCGAGCGGCGUGCAGGUGGACGCGAUGAAUCGCAAGCUGCUGACGGUGAUCACCAAGACGCACGAGAUCUUCUCGCGAGACCUCACGCCCAACGGCUCUCAGGUCGCCGAUUACCUGCUCUCGCAGCUGCUGGAGCUCACCCAAUCCGAGUCGGGCUUCAUCGCGAGCGCGCUGAAGCGCGCCGAUGGGUCGCUGUACCUCAAGACGCACUCGAUUACGAACCUCGCGUGGAACCGCGACCUGCGCGCGUGGUACACGGAUAACGCGCCGAAAGGGCUCGUGUUCGGCAAUCUCAAGACUAUCUUCGGGCGCGUCGUGACGUCCGCUGACGUCGUCAUCAGCAACGACGUGCCCAACGAUCCGCGCGCGUCGGGACAAGGCGUGCCGCCCGGGCACCCGGUGAUGCGUAGCUUCCUGGGCGUUCCCUUGUUUUCCGGGCCAGACCUGGUGGGAAUCUACGCGGUGUCGAACCGCGAAGGGGGCUAUAACGAGGGGCUGCUGAUGAGCAUCCAGCCCGUGACUAAAACGGUGGCGCAGGUGGUGGUGGGCGUGCAGCAGCGGCGCAAGAAGUGGGAGGCGGAGGAGCGACUCAACGACAUGCUCGAGGCGACACAGCAUGCAAUGGUGGCGGUGUCGGCGGACGGCAAGCUCACGUGCGCCAACCGUGCAGCACGCAUGCUCUUUGCCCUGGAGAGCAGCACGGAGGGCGACGGCGAUGGGACAGGUGGCAAGCUGCUAUUGGGGCUGACUCUUGCGGAUGUGUUGGUCAGCAUCGAUGGCAAUGAUGACUACAUGCAGCGAGGUAGGUUUGCUGCCCAUUCCAGCUGUGCAGCACGCCCCUCCCUCUUCUGCCAACGCCCCCCCUCUCUUGCCCCGACACAACCCCCUCUUGCUCUAACACUGUGUGCUCCAAGUGCCCUCCUGUGCCUCUUGUCUGUGACCGCUCUUGUACUUCCCAAUACCCUUGGCCAAUCACUCUGCUUCACCUCAUUCCACCCUGUGUUAUCAACUGCAGGCCUGGAUGCUUUCGCUGAGGAGUCACUUUAUGAGUGGUCGGCCGAGGGACGGCAGCACCGGCCGCACGGUGAAGAGGAUGAAGGCGCGACCGAAGCAGCUGGUAGCAUGGCCUUAAGAAUCACCGUGGCACGUGGCUCAUCCAGUGACGUGAAAUUCGUGGUCACUGCCAGGGAGGCUGAUGCAGGGCACGGGAGACACGCAGGGGAGGAGGCUGGUGGUGGCAGAAACGAGUCGCAGCACAGUCGUGAGGGGCAUGAGGUGGUGCAUGUUGAUGAGCAAUUGGCCCCACGGUACUACGACGAGCGGCUUACAGUUGCAUCUGCGGACCUGAUCGCCCGUCGAAAGCUGAAGUCGCACAAAAAGAGCAAGAAGGACAAGAGCGAGGACAAGAGCGAGGACAAGAGCGACAAGAGCAGCAAGAGCGAUAAGAGCAGCAAGAAGAGCAGCAGUAAGAGCGUCAAGAGCGCCAAGAGCGUCGAGAGCAGCAAGAGCGACAAGACCAGCAAGUCAAGCAAGAGCAGCGACAAGUCUAGCGGCGGGAGCGGAAAGUCCGUUAAAAACUGCAAGAAGUGCCGUUUGGGUAUUGCGGAAGCGGCGGGGGCGGGAAAGCAUAAGUCGGGCGUGUGGACGACGAACCCCGUGGACAAGUGCUGGUGGUCCGCGGACUGGAAGACCAACCGCCAGGAGCUCGGCAAUUGCGCUCCGGGAUUCGCCACCGGCACGACGGGCGGAAAGGGCGGAAAGCUGUACGUCGUGACGACGGAGGCGGACGACCCGGUGAACCCGAAGGAGGGCAUGCUGCGAUACGGCAUCAUCCAGGAGGAGCCGCUGUGGAUCGUGUUUGAGCGCGACAUGGUGUUCGACAAGCUCAAGGCGGAGAUGAUGAUCGCCAGCGACAAGACCAUCGACGCGCGCGGCCGCGCCGUCGUCAUUCAGAACGGCCCGUGCGCGCGCGUGGAGCGGGCUACCAACGUGAUCAUCGAGUCCGUCAUUUUCCGCAACUGCACCAUGCGCAGCGGCACAAUUAAGGUGCGGUCCGCGAGGGGCGUGGAGGUGAAGGAUUGGCGCGACGGCAACGCGGUGGAGGUGUGGGGGUCGACCAAGGUGUGGAUCGACCACUGCGGGUUCGAGAAGGCGCUCGAUACGCAAGUCAACAUCGUCGUGGGGUCGACGAACGUGGCGGUUACCAGCAACUAUUUCGUGAACCAGGACGAAGUGAUGCUCAUGGGCAACGACGAUUCGGAGACGGGAGACGACAACAUGCGCGUCACCGUCGGGCUCAACGUGUUCGGCCCCAACUGCAACCAGCGCAUGCCCCGCGGCCGGCACGGGCAGUUCCACGUGGUCAACAACUACUAUCCCAACGGCUGGGGCAUCUACGCCAUCGGCGGCUCCGCUAACGCGCGCUUCCGCAGCGAGGCGAAUUACUUCGUGGCGGGGGACGUGAAGGAGGUGACUAAGCGGCAGGACACGCACGGGUGGGAGGCGAAGCAGAUCAGCGACAAGACGUGGACUAAGAUCAAGGUGUCGAGCGUGGGCUGGCAGAACUGGCCGUGGCAGUCCAUCGGAGAUCACUUCGAGAACGGCGCCUUCUUCACCGAGUCGGGCAAAAAUGUCUUCGAGCCGCCCUACGUCUUUAAUGCCGUGCCCGCUAAGGACGUUCCCGUCGCUACCAACAGGGCCGGGCCGCUGUUCCGGCGGUAUCAGAAGCAGAUGUGA